AUGCUAGAAGGGGAUGGAUAUAUAGAAAAGAAACGACGUGGGAAGAGUCGACGGGUUAAGGAGGAGGGGAAGAAGCGCGUACGUGUUUAUUCGGAUGGAGUCUUUGAUAUGUUUCAUUAUGGACAUAUGCGGAUGUUGGAACAGAUUAGGAAGAGGUUUCCGAUGGCUGAGAUUGUAGUUGGUGUUUGUUCGGAUCGGGAUACGCGGGAGAAGAAAGGACAUACGGUUUUGGAGAUGUGGGAACGGGCGGAGUCUUUGCGGCAUUGUCGUUGGGUUGAUGAAGUGAUUGAAGAUGCACCUUGGGUGAUUACAAAGGCGUUUAUUACGGAGCAUCGGAUUGAUUAUGUGGCCCAUGAUGGUGAUGUUUAUCCGGGUGAAGGUAUUGAGGAUGUCUAUCAGGAAGUGAAGGAAAUGGGUAUUUUUGUGGCUACAGAAAGGACACAAGGUAUUAGUACAAGUCAGUUAAUUACUCGGAUCUUACGAUCUUAUGAUGACUUUUUGAAACGGAACUUAGGUCGGGGAGUGACGGGGGAAGAGUUGAAUAUUUCGAAGUUUACGGAAAGACGCAUGAAGUUUGGGGUUCGGGUUGAGGAGAAUUUAGGGAAGAUUCGGGAGAAGUUGAAGGAAGUCUCCGUGUACUGGGAUAAGAUUUCGGCUGAAGUUGGGAAGAAGUUUGCCAUGCUAUUUGAACGACCCGUCUAG